AUAAACGGAUGUUAGGUGAAAGUAAGUUCUCAAAGGAUUGUUUAAUAUGUUUCGCAUUAUACCUGAAUAGUACGAAAUGCUUGUAGAUGUUUUGAGUAUCUCAUACCAUUCUGGUGGAUUUUUGGAUAAAAAACGACUUUGCAUAAAAUGGCUGACGAAAGAAAUCGUUUGGAACGACAAGAACUACAUGAUGAAUUCAGGAUUGCAGUGCAUCAAAUGAUGCAGUUCGUUAACAACGAAAGAGAUGGAGGACGAAUCAGGCCGGACGACAGAGAAUGGCGUGUACAGAGAGCCAAAACAAUUGAGAAAAUUAACGAAUUGAUAGACCUGCUUGACAAAACCUGUGUGGCUGCAAAUUAUGGAAAAGGCUUAGGAAUUAGUGCCAAAAUUGCUGGUGAAAUAGCGUCCAUCCUUGCAGCUCUUAUGAAACUGAACGAAUCGUCAUCAGCUCAAACUCUUAUGGACAUUGGCAAUUUCCUCUCUCGUUCAGGUUAUCUGUUGGAAGGAGCGUCAAAUGCUGUAGAAUCCUUUGUUUCCGCAAAAUACCUUAAAGAGAUCGAGGAAGUCUUGAAAAAAGAUCAGGAAUUAUCCAGGCCAUUGCAAGAUUGGUUGGCAUUUUCUCGAAAUCUGAAUAUCAACGUUCGAAGGAUUUUCGGAUGUGACCUCAACUUUGCAAUGCAUAAUAAUGUCUUCAAAGUGUUCUCCGAGUUCUUAAUAAUGCAGAGACGUUGUAGAAAUUUUCAACAAACUCUAGACAACAUGAGAAGUGGCAAUUUUGCUUUGGAUAUUGGCGUUAAUGUCCCAAUAGAAAUACUGCAGAUAUUUAGUUCACAGAUAGAGAUACAUCCAGAGUUUUACGAUAACAUUUAUACUAUUUGUUGCACUCUCAGCAAUUCAGCCAGAGUCGUCCAAAUCGCUGGGGAAGGUAUUGCGGUGUACCGAAAUUUGAUUGGAGAAGAAUCGAACCCUGAAACAGACGGAAACUCUCGAAGCGAACAUGCCAUGGCAGAUUCAACUGCCCCAGGAUAUCCAAAUGCCUUUGAAAACGAUGGAGUUGCAGGAGAUUCAUCAAGGGUAGAAAGAGACCAUGAACCACCCUCUGUAAGGACAGUUUCAACAUUUUGUGCAUUUCAGACGAUUAACAUAGCAUUGAAUGUCGUUCGCCUGUCAAGAGUCAUAAUGGCCAUUGAAGAUCGCAAAUCUGAAUACUCUCAUGCUCUACAACAGAUUUCAAAUUUACUUGCUAUGGAACUGAGAAGCAUGGAAAGAUUGCAAUUUUAGAAAUCUAAUUAUUCUCAAAUUUUACAACAGAUUUUAUAUUUUUCUUCCAAUUGAACUUCAAAGUAUUUGAAGCACUUUCGUAUACUCUCAUGCUUUGAAAUAGAUUUAAAAUUUACUUACUGUGAAACUGAGAGAAAAGUAAACAGUGUAAUUUUAAAAAUUAAAGCAUUGCAAUAGGUUUAAAAUUUAAUUGCUGUGAAAUCGUAAGACAUGGAAAUACUGAAGUUUUAGAAAAUAAAACAAUUGACGCUAUUUUGAUAUAGGUUUUGUAGCUAUAAAUUAUUUAACACUUGGAGUAUGUCCACAGAAUUCAUAUAUAAUAGAUUUAAUUACAUAAGAAUGUGAAUUUUAAAUGAAGAUUUUUUUUUAUCAUUAUCUUUUUAUAUAUAAUAUAUUAUCCUGAUUGUUGUUUUG